AUGCAGUUUCUCGGAACUGCGGCGCUCGCUUGCGCGCUCCUUGGUUCAUCGGCAUGGGCCGCGUCCUACACCGAGGCACUCAUCAGUCUACACAAGACUCUUGUCGAGGCCGACUCAACAACCAAAAACGAAGCCCUCGGGACACAAGCCCUCAAGGCCUACCUUGAAACCAACUUCACCGUCGAGCUCCAGACUGUCGAAGGAAACAGACAAAACGUCUACGCCUACCCCGGCAACGGCCGCAAGGCACGUGUCCUUCUCACCUCGCACAUCGACACAGUGCCCCCAUACAUCCCGUACUCUCGCGAUGGCGAUGAGAUUUGGGGCCGGGGCACGUCUGACGCGAAAGGCAGUGUUGCCGCGCAGAUCACGGCGGUAGAGGUCCUUCUUGAGAGCGGCGAGAUCAGUGAGGGUGACGUCUCCCUCUUGUAUGUCAUUGGUGAGGAGUCUUCAGGCGACGGUAUGCGGGCAGCCAAUGCUCUGAAUCUCACUUGGGAAUCUGUCAUCUUUGGCGAGCCAACGGAGAACAAUCUCGUGCGGGCGCACAAAGGCGUGCUGGGGUUCAACAUCACCGCCGACGGAGUGGCUGGGCAUUCUGGGUACCCCGCGAAUGGGCGAAGCGCCAUUGAUCUCCUCGUUCGCGCGCUGGACAAGCUCCGGGAGACCCCCCUGCCUUCGACAGAGGAGUUUGGAAACACAACGUUGAAUAUGGGGUUCAUCGAGGGUGGGAUUGCUGCCAACGUCAUCGCGGAGAGUGCGGCGGGAAGAGUUUCCAUUCGAGUAGCGACGGACGAUCUGGAAGGGAUUAAGGACAUCCUCAACAAAGCUGUCUCUGAAGCCACGCCUGAGUAUGUGAACUUGGUCUUCACAGGUCAAGGGUUACCAGUCAGCUUGGAUUACGACGUUGAAGGGUUCAACACUACGGUUGUCAACUACUACACGGAUGUUCCUCAUCUAAACGGCACGCAUAAGCGGUACCUAUACGGACCAGGGACUAUUCUCGUCGCUCACUCGGCGGAGGAGCGGAUCACUGUCUCCGACCUGGAGCUUGCGGUGGAGGGCUACAAGAAGCUGAUUCUGGAGUCUCUCCAAGAAUAA